AUGGCUAGGGCGUCCCCCGUAGGCGACGCGCGAGGACAUCGCCGUACACUCGUGAGAAAUGGACAGCGGCUACCGUAUCAAGAGCGAAUACGGCUAAAGAAGUUAGCUCAUAGGAGGGGGGAGAGGCAGAAGAAAGAAAAUGAGACGAUAGGUUUGAAGAUUGGAACACUGAAUGUGGGGAGAGACGAUGGAAGAAAGAACGGAGUUGGAAUUGUUUUGGAUGAGGAACUCAAGAAGGGGGUACUAGAAGUGACAAGAUCUUCAGACCGAAUCAUCUGGCUUAAGAUGGAGAUGGGUAAACUGGUGGUGAACAUCAUGAGUGUGUAUGCGGCCCAACAAGGUUGUGCAGACGAAGAGAAGGAGAAGUUUUGGGAGGAGUUGGACAAAGAAGUGAGAAAAAUUCCAGCUGAGGAGAAACUAUGGAUAGGGGGUGAUUUCAAUGGACACUAUGGUGGUGAUAACACAGGCAGAGAAGAGACGAUGGGCAAAUUUGUUAUGGUACUAAGAAUGAUGGUGGGGAAGAACUCGUGA